AACUAGACAGUUUAAAUAUUGUUUUGCAACUAGAUCUACGCACAGGUCUCAUCAAUUUGUAAUCGAAAACAUUUUUUUUAUUGGAUUCGAGUCUAUGAUAGAUCUAAACUCUUAUAAUCCUCUUUGUAAUAUAGACAACCAUGACCAUGGAAGUCAUAUAGGAUAGUUCUCAGGGUGGACGAAAUUCUUUGAGUGGCUAAGAAAAGACAAUCCACUACAUUGCUCCUUGUACUGUAGGCUAGUGGUUUGUCCAUAAGACUUACGACCCCUAGUCUGAUCAGUACUAUUUGCAAUGUAAAAUAAUCAACCUUGUGUGGACAGAAAUUUGACUUCAUUGUUAGAAGUGAAAAACAAAUUAUUCAAUGCUUUUUUUUACAUAAUAGAAAAUAUUCUAAAUAUUUCUAACUUUACAUAACAUUAAAAGAAUAUAUCAUUCAGUUUGUUGGGAACGGUUAGUUUUGUUUUUUUUUUAAAGUAAAUUUGGAGACUUCUGCUUUUCAAUGUGAAAACCUCAAAGCUCCAACCCAUAUGAAAUGAAGAGGUUGGAUUUUGAGGAAUCAGUUGAUGCAGAAGCAGCAACUAAAUUAACAGGAUUCUAGUUUAUGUGAUUAUUUAGAAAAUCUGUUAGUUCUACUUUAAAAUUCCUGUUCUUUUUAUUAGAGGCCAAAGGGAAUCAGUUUAGUUUGUAGGGAAUUUAAAAAUAUGAGUGACUGUCAAACAGAUAUAACCCAGAAUCAAAGGGUGGAUAAUCAAUUUAAUGUCAGUCAGGAUUUAGGUGCGUACAAUGAUAAUAGUAUGGAGGAUAUUAGCUUGUCGGAUUGUAUGGAGGAAGGAGAUAACGAAAGUAAUCAUGGAGACGAUGGAAGCAACCAUGACGGUGAUUAUGGGGACCCUGGUGAAGAGCACGAAUUUGAAAUUAUAGAUCAGCUUGAAAGUGAAGAGGAUGAUGGGAUUGGCACAGAAAGGAGUGGAAAUGAUCGUCAAAGAAAAGAGGACCAGGAUGAUUACAGUAGUAGCUCUGAUGACUUGGAUGACACAGAGCUGCAUGCUAUGCUAGAGAAAGGUAUUGACAAAGACUCUAUCAAGAAGCCUGACGAAAACCAAGAUGGUAGACCCAUUAUCAAGCAUAAAAUUGUUUUAAAUGAACUAGAGUCAGAUCCCUUUGACAUUCUCCCAGAAGGCUGGGUGUGGGUAACACACAAUUGUGGCAUGCCUGUUUAUUUGCACAAAGAGACGCGUGUGUGCACUAUGGCCCGACCUUACUCUCUAGGAUCAGCAAGUGCUAGGACUCAUGACAUCCCUAUAUCAGCCAUUCCUUGCUUGCAGUACAGAAGACAAAUGGAGAAACUGAAACCUGAAAGUCAAGUUGAUUGCAAGAACGACAGUUCCAAUAUAGAGGUCAAGAAUUCUUUCCCAACAGAGCCAGUGAAAACUAAUUCUGCUGUAAGCAUAGAAGUAGACAACUCAAAAGAAUCCUUGAAGCAACCUUCAGUGAAUAAUGAGAAAAAAUCUCCUGGCAAACUUUGGGUAGUUGCGGAAGAAUCGUCAGAGUUCAAAACCUUGGAUAGCCAAUAUGGCGCUUUACACACAGGAGUCGGGGAUUACAAAACAUAUCAGCAUCCUGAAUUGAAUACCUCUGAGGCUCCAUCUUCACUUGUCUGUGAAAAUAUAGCUGUAAGACUGGACAGGUCAUGUCUUGAUGACUCUGAGAACAUUAAUGCCCAUGCCUUAGGUGAAACUGGAUUUGAAGCUUCCAUUUCUAGUGCUAGUGAAAAUUUAUCAGUUGAAGUGAAUGCUCAGAAUUUGGGCAGCCAGCUAAACUUGAAUGCUGAUCCAGAAGAGAAAGAAAAACAUUUGAUUGGAAGCUGUGCCGUUAAUGCCAAACAUGGCCAGUGUUCUGAAAAACCUUUGAUCUGUCCAAUGAGCUGGGCAUCCGUAGGUGAGAACUUGCCAUCUACUAAUUGUCUUAUCUCACAGAAAAACCUUCACGGCGAUGAUACCAAUGCAUCGAAGGUUGUGACUGAAGACAACCUAAAGUCUACGGUAGCUGUUGUAGCAGAAGAGGCCACUAGUAACACUGAGAGGUCAGAGCUUGUAACCAGCAGCACCAAUCCUCUAGCUUCAAUCAAGCGUAAAAUUGAGUCUCUGAAAAAUAAACGUGGAGGCAAACAUCGUAAGCUGGACAAUGGCUCAGCCACAGGUUGGCCAACAGACAAUAAUAUAGCUGUCAGCGCUAGAAGUAGUGGAAGGGAGGACACUUUUAAUGGUGCUCCAAUACCAAAUGCUGAUGAGAAAUUGAAGGCACACGCUGCUGAAGUGAAAAUCAAAUCUGCAGAAGAAAGAGCUAAAGAAUCCUUACUUGACAGUUCAACUGUGCAUGACUACUGCACCAAGCUAUUUCAGUUCAAGACAUUAGAAGUGAAAAAAUAUAGGUCUUGGCGUGAGAGAAGGAAACAUUUGGGAGAAAGAAGCAGGCGCAACCGGCCCGAGUUGCCUCCUUCCACUAAACUGAUCACUUGUCCUAUUCCUGGCAAUAUGAAAUCUGAAGGCACUGGGGACAAUGCCAAGAAAAGAGAAUUCAUCUUAAACCCAACAGGGAAAUCUUACUUGUGUAUACUUCAUGAAUACAUGCAAAGGACUUUGAAAAUUCAACCCCUUUAUGUUUUUAAAGAAUUAGAAAACUCCAAAACACCCUAUGGUGCAACUGUAAUGAUCAACAACAUAGAAUAUGGAACUGGUUAUGCAUCCUCUAAGAAAGUAGCUAAACAGGAAGCAGCCAAGGAAACUCUGAAAGUUUUAAUACCAGAUCUGUUCAAGAAAAUCACUGAUCAAGAAAUCAAAAGAAAUAUUUCAGACUUGUCUUUUUUUGAUGAUGUGAAGGUCACCGAUCCUAGAGUAAAUGAACUUGGAAACAAGGUGGGACAACCCAGUCCCUUUCAACUUCUCCUGGAAUGUCUCAGAAGGAACUUUGGCAUGGGCAACACCCAGUGUGAGGUGAGCACCAAGGCUUUGAAGAAUCAGAAGUGUGAGUUCACCAUCAAUGUGGGGAAACAUUCUGCUACUGUUGUAGCCAAAAACAAAAGGGAGGGAAAGCAGCUGGCAGCCCAAGCCAUUUUGGCCAAACUCCAUCCACAUGUACCAAGUUGGGGGUCUUUAUUACGUCUGUAUGGCACCAGUGUUGAGAAAGCCAUACAAAAGCCCGAAGAAAUGAAUGAUGUCAAAAGUCAUGCCCCUAACCACUCUGUUCUUGAAAGUCUACGAGAGGAAAUGAAAAAACUCCACCGACAGAAGGAGGCCAUCCAAUCUAAAGGUAAAAUGAUCAUCUCAAGCAAGGACUUGCCUAGCAAAAUGUCUGGAGUUGAUUUAUAGAGCUUCAACACACACAUGGUAGUCCAGUGAUGAGUAGCGUCAGCCUUAAUAACUUAUCAAAUUUAUUAUGAUUAAUUCCUUUUAGCUUUUUUAUUUAAUAAAAUAAUAGUUCUAAAAGUAUCCUUACUAUUCACAUCUACAAUGUGUUAAGAAACAUGAAUCGUCUCAUUAUCUUAACAAGAUUUGAACUGCAACUCAGAAAGUUCAAAUGCCAAGACAAAUUCAUACAAGUGCUCUUUGUUCCCUUGUGUCAUAAGAGCAUGGGGUUGCCUGAAUCAGUCAGUAAGACCAAUCUUUGCAGACUUUGCAGUAUCUAAUUAACAUUGACAUGGAUUGAACAUAAAUAUCUUCUGUUAAGAUGAAAUGUCUGUAACGUAUGAGAAAACUAUAUGAUGUACUACAGACACCUUGUUUUUGUAAUGUUUCACAAAAUGAAUUGUCUGUUUCUAAGUUGUUGUUUUUUGCUGUUACAUUUUAAGUUAUUUGUAUACAUUUUUUGUGUGUGAAACAUUGUGCUUUACAUUGUUGUGAUUCUUGUAUAAUGUUUGUCAUAUUUCAACAAAAUAGUUGGUAAUAAUUUGCGAAACUUUAGGAUAUUAUAAUUACAUUACAAUGUGAAAGUUGAACUGAUUAAGUUAUAAUAGGGUCCCGACAGGUGACCAAACUGUUCAUGCAAACAGGAUUUUUUUUUCAUUUUCACUAAAAUGAUAGGAAAGUAAUUUAUAUUGAUAUAUUUAUUUACAUAACAAAAAUUUAAAAAGGCAAAAAAAAAAAAGAAACAAAAACUCUUGGCUUUGCAAUGUAUUUUAUUUUUUAACAUUGACAACAUUUUUUUUUGCGUACUAUAUAUAUAUAUAAUUGUUAAUCCAAAGGCUGGUUGGCUCAUAUUCUAUUAUCUGCCAAGAUGGUCUCAUGGUAUGGGAGUUAAGAUAUCUACCAAACUGUUGCCCUAUUUCUAAUCUUCUACACAGAUAGGUAACAAACUGUUCAGAACAUUAUUCUUUUUUAACAUAAUUCUUCUGUAAUCUUUUAUCACUUUAUAUACAUAAAAACACCACAACUAUUAAUGUUCAAAGUUGUGUAAAUUAUACUGCAUUGUAGCACACAUUGUCUCCUUGUUAUUCUGUCAAGUGUAUUCACUACACUUCUUGGGAGCAUUCUAUUUGUAGGUCAUUAAACAUCUUUAUCUUGUGGUAAAUCACUUGCCUACAGUGUCAAUAGAAUAAAAGAAAACUAACUGGAUUUGUAUCCCUUUUUUACAUUAUUGCUAUUCAUUACAUCUUUUGUAUUUUUGUAAACUAGAAGUGGACAAUUUUUAAUGAAACAAAACUUAAAGAGUUGUUUUUUUUUUUAUAUUACUGAGCAAAAUAUGUUUGUAAAACUUUUGUUUUUUUUACUUUUAUACAAGUUUCUAGAGUUUCAUUGCUAUUUGUGUCUUGAUAUUGGGCUCAAGUAUUGAUGUGUUGGAACUGGUCUGGGUAAUAUUUGUGUGUUAGAACCUGGUCUGUAAUAUUUAUGUGUUGGGAUGUUAUAAUUGGUCUGUAAUAUUUAUGUGUUGGGAUGUUAUAAUUGGUCUGUAAUAUUUAUGUGUUGGGAUGUUAUAAUUGGUCUGUAAUAUUUGUGUUUUAAGACAGGUUUGAAAUAUUGGUGUGUUGGGGUUGGUCUGUAAUAUUUAUGUGUUACAAUUGAUCUGUAAUACUUGUGUAUUAAGAUAGGUCUGUAGUAUUUGUGUGUUGAAAUUGGUCUACUAUUUAUGUGCUAGUGUUGAUUCCUAAAAUUUGUGUGUUAAGAUAGGUAUGUAAUAUUUAUGUGUUAAAAUUGGUCUGUAAUAUAUGUGUGUUGGGGUUGGUCUGUAAUUCUGCUUUGAUUUUUUGUAUUAAUAACUACAACUGAAAAUUUUCUUUAUGUUAACUGUCCCUAUUUUGAUAAUGAAUACAAGAUUUGGAUGUGACAGCCCCCUUAUUGUGUAUAGUUGAUUUGUAUUCAUAUGUGUGAUUGAUGGAAAUCAAUUCAAAAACCUAUUUGUCAAAAAACUCACUUAUCAAAACAAGUUCUAACAAAUGAGCACAUCCCAUGUGUAAACAUCACUUGCGUGGCUUAUUAAAACUAUACAACAUGCCUUGGUGUUAUAAUGAGCCACCUCGGCUCUGUUGCAUUGGUUAGUACUAUUCACUGACCUAUGCCAGAUCACAUUCAGAAUUCAAUAAAACAAAUUGUUGCUUCUUGCUAUUUCUUUAUUUUGUGUAUGUUCAGAGCAAGGAAAAAUAAAAACAAUGGAAUCAUUAA